UGGUAAAGCUCCCUUCAGGGGAGUGUCAGCUUCACUCUUACAAUCUCUAAACUAUAGGGUGCUCACUCUAUUCCUUUUCAAAGAGCUCUUUUAUUUCCUUCAGAGUUACUAGGCCAGCUCCACUUUAGAAUCAUCCUUAAUGUCAUACAAAGAUUUGGUGAAAAGCUGGCAUGAAGCUGUCCAAGCUUUGGAUAGGGAAAACUGGGGUUUGGCCCUGGAACUAUUCUCCGGAAUUGAAGAACCUUUUUCCAAGAUAUGCUUCAACAUGGGCUGUGUGUACCUGCUGAUAGGGAAUCCAGAGGCAGCCCUGCUGGCAUUAGAUCAAACAGUGAGUAAGGACUCUUGUCUGGCUGUUGGAUUCUUCCUGAGAGGAGAGGUUCACUUUCAUCUAGAAAGGUUUCCAGAAGCUCUUUCUGAUUAUUCCAUGGCCUUGGCCAACCUAAGAAACAAUACCUUCAUUGACUAUAAGCAACUGGGUCUUCGGUACAAAUUACAGACUUGGGAGGUGUUGUACAAUAUGGCAGCUGUUCAGUGCCAUUUGGGACUUUGGGAAGAAGCCACCAGAAGCUUAGAAAAGGCCAUCUCCAGGAGACCAGAAGGGAAUUCAACCCCUCUAGAAGCUGCUGCAGAGCAGGUACAGAAACGAAUAUUUCUGGAUCUUCUGCAAUUUCCCAAGGGUGAGAUCUUUCGCCCCCCAAAGAAGGAUGUAGAACAACUACAUGCAAAGGAUUUCCUGGGGAAGCCCAAGGUCAUUUCAUCUGUUAAUCCUAAUGACAAGUAUACUGGUUUUGAGCCUCUCAGACCACAGGAAAGUCACAAUGGAAUCCCAUUUUCAUCUAUAAAAGGACCUCAUAAAAGGCCCCAUUUAAACCAAGUUGGUAAACCAGUUUCUCCACUUCAAGGAUCCCCUCCUCCUGAAGGGAUUGGCAAGGGUUCCACAGUAUGUCCUGAAAUAUCGGUCCCAUCAAUCCAGGGAGAGGUGUCCAGCAGCCCAGACACAUCCAUCAACCUCAGUGUGCAAUGUACUUUCACCAUGACCCUGGAGGUGAAAAGGGGAGCAUCUGUGCCUGUCCUCAGAGCCCUGUUGAAAGACAAACUCCUGCAGCAAUUAGAAUGUGCGCAGCUCAGUUACAGCCAUCAGGACAGUGGGAGCUUCAUUCCUAUUUCUGGGGAAGAGGCAUGUAAAAAGAUGUGGCAUGAAGCAGCAGCGAACAGAAGACUGAGACUCCACUGCCAGGGAACAGAGUGCUGUGGAGGCCGACGUGUGCUCUAUCAAAUGGUUGCUCAGUACAGCUACUCCGCAAAGGGACCUGAAGACCUAGAGUUCCAGAAAGGAGAUACUCUGGACAUUCUCUCUGAAGUGAAUGAGGAGUGGCUAGAGGGCCAUUGCUCAGGUCACAUUGGCAUUUUUCCCAAGUGUUUUGCUCAGAUGGCGAGUGUGACCAAAGAGGAACCUCCUAUUGAACCACCCAUGAUUUACAGCUUCUGAAGCCUUCCCUAGAAGAACCAGCACCAGGGAGUGCACAAGAAACAUAAUCCUUGCCAUCACUAGAGUUCCCAUUUCCCCAGUCAGAGUGUUCCCCAGAAGUCAUUCCCCAGGAGUCCCAUUUACAUACAGAUUCCUCCAGAAAAGUCUCUGCACUUAGAUUCAAUAACUCAAAACUGCAUCAAGAUCUUUGGGACACCCUGUAUGUGCACCCACAACAAUGUUAACAAUCCACUAUGUGCUACAGUGAAAAGAUUGGCAUAUUUUGUAAUCUUUUGCUAAUAAAUGGUCAUCCAGAUUUUUACUUUAACAUUGUAUGACAAAGAGAUCGAUUGGACCUGUGAUUUCACUGGCAUAGGGGAUUAUCAAGUGAGGAAACUCCCUCUAUCUUGUUUGUAAUUAGUGGUCUUAGAAAGUUGGCUAAAGCACUGAGAAUUUGAGUUACUUGGCCAAGAUCACACAACCAGCUUGUCUCACUUCCUUUAGAAGAGCUGAACACCUAGCUUCUGGAAGGGAAUCACUUCUGAGGACAUCAGCUUCCUGACUAAUCGAAUCAUAGGAUUUGGAAAUGGGAAAAGGGACCCAGAUCACUGAAUGAAUUCAUUUUAUAGAGGGAGAAAACAAGACUUCUGUGGUUACAAGGUUAAGAAAUAGCAAAACAGGGAUCUAAACUUGGGUCUUUUAAAAAGUACUAGAGUACUUUUUCUACUGUGUCCAAUAAUCAUUAAAUUAGAAAGAAGCUAGAGGGCAGCCAGAUCAUGCCUGACUACCAACCUUAGAACCCAGGUUUCCAGACCUCCUAGCCCAUUGCAUUCUAGUUCUAAUUUUUUAU